UAGAAACGUUAUCGUUAUGGGAAUAACACGAUUUGGUUAUCCAAUACUUGGCGGUUAUCCCAAAUUGAAAUACUAAGAUAAUGAAAAACGCUUUUUUUAUAAUUGAAAACACAUCGAAAUCGAAACAAUGAAGUUUCAUCGGCGACGGCUGGUUGGGCGUUUUGUUGAUAAGCAAUCGGAAGGUGCCUGGUAUGAAAGAGGGGAUAUUUUUAUAAACACGGCAGACAGGAGUCCGCUUUGGUCGGAGCUAGUCAACUACACAAGCAAGCUUUAUCCGUGCUUCAAACCUCUGAAAUAACCAUGUCGGCGGUAAGGCAUGUCAACAAGAUUCCCACCAUCAGAGGAACAGAUAUCAUGAGAGAUGCAAGGCUAAACAAGGGAACUGCUUUCAGCUUGCAAGAACGUCAAAUCCUUGGAAUUCAUGGUCUUCUUCCUCCAUGCACAUCAACCCAAGAAAUUCAGGUCCAAAGAAUAUAUGGAGAGCUUCAUAGAAAGGCUAAUGAUCUUGAAAGAUAUAUUCAAUUGAUGGCACUUCUAGAAAGAAAUGAGUCCUUAUUCUUCAAAAUCUUGAUGGAACACACAGAGGAACUGAUGCCAAUUGUUUAUACCCCAACAGUUGGGCUUGCUUGCCAGAAGUAUGGCUUGAUAUUUCGAAGACCAAGAGGGCUGUUUGUUUCCAUUAAUGACCAAGGCCAUGUUGACAAACUAUUAGCAAACUGGCCAGUUGAAAAUGUGAAGGCCAUAGUGGUGACAGAUGGGGAACGCAUACUUGGUCUGGGUGACCUAGGUUGCUGUGGAAUGGGGAUACCUGUUGGUAAGCUAGCAUUGUACACAGUUUGUGGUGGCAUCGACCCAGGAGUGUGUCUUCCUGUUAUGAUUGACGUUGGAACUAAUAAUCAGGCUUUGCUGGAUGAUCCUCUUUAUAUUGGAGUGCCCCAGAAACGUGUGACUGGUCAACGGUAUGAUGAUUUAAUUGAUGAAUUCAUUGGAGCUGCAACUGCACGAUUUGGUGAGACAGUUUUAAUCCAGUUUGAAGAUUUUGGAAACCACAAUGCCUUCAGAUUCUUGGAAAAGUACAGAAAUAAGAUAUGCACUUUCAAUGAUGAUAUACAAGGAACAGCAUCUGUCACAGUUGCUGGAAUUCUUGCUGCAUUGGGAAUUACCAAGAACAAACUUGCAGAUCAUAAGUUUCUUUUUCAAGGUGCAGGAGAGGCUGCCAUUGGUAUUGCUGACUUGCUGGUCCUAGCCAUGUUAAGGGCAGGAUUAUCUAAAGAGGAGGCAAAAAAGAGAAUAUGGCUGGUAGAUUCAAGAGGACUGGUUGUUAAGGAUCGUGCAGUUGGAGGAUUAAAUGAAGAAAAAUUAAAGUAUGCCCAUGAAACAAAUCACAUCAGCACCCUUGCAGAAGUUGUCAAAACCAUCAAACCAACUGCCAUAAUUGGUGUUGCAGCAGUGGCUGGAGCAUUCACUGAAGAAAUUGUCAAGGCUAUGGCUUCCUUUAAUGACCGGCCCAUCAUAUUUGCUCUGAGCAAUCCAACCUCCAAAGCAGAGUGUACAGCAGAACAAGCUUAUACUUGGACCAAUGGCAAAGCUGUGUUUGCCAGUGGUAGCCCAUUUGCUCCUGUUACUCUUCCAGAUGGUCGUCAUUUUAUACCUGGCCAAGGAAACAAUGCCUAUAUAUUUCCUGGUGUGGCCUUGGCUGUGAUUGCCUGUAAAGCUCAACAUGUGACUGAUGACAUGUUCCUUCUUGCUGCAGAGUCCUUAGCCAAUCAAGUGGAAGCAUCUCAGCUGGAGAAAGGUUGCCUAUUCCCUCCACUGAAAGAAAUUCGAGAGGUAUCCACCAAAGUGGCUGUCGAAGUGGUGCAACUUGCAUAUUCCAGUGGUAUGGCAACAAUCCAUCCUGAACCUGCAGACAAGGAACAGUUAGUAAAAGACAACCUUUACAGUCCAGACUACUUGUCAUACAUUCCACACACCUACAGCUGGCCCAAGGAGUAAAUGGACACUACUUCCAGCAGAAAUGAAAUUGAUAAACAAAAGAGUAUUUAAUUGUAUAGGAUAAAAUGGGAUUAAAAAAUAAUAAUAAUAAUAAUAAUAAUAGUAAUAAAUAAUAAUAAUAAUAAUGAUAAUGAUAAUAAUAAUAAAAUGGGAUUAACCAACUCUUUUGCUAAUUGCUUUGAUUUUUUUUAAAGCUGCAUAUUAUUACUGCAGUCACUGAAUACAAUAUUUAUGUGGAAUCAGUUCAUGUUAGAUGGAAAUUGAUUUAAUUAUUUAUUUAAUUUUUUCAAUAAUUUUUUAUUUUCACUUUUAUUUGAGAUUUUUUUUCUAUUUAAUUGCACAAAGCAAAUUUAUUAUUCUUACACAGUGUUGGGUUAACCAUUUCACUCCAAUGAUGAACAAUAUCUACUGGUAAUUUUUCCUAACAGUAUCUGUAAAUUGUAAAGAAGAUGGGAAAUAGGAAUAAAGAGAGCUAUCAACACAGGGGGAAAUAUGUGCUCCAUAUUACAUUAAGUCAUAAGAAAAAAAAAUUAUAAAAGAAAAAUAUGA